GUCAGAAACAAGUCGACACCGGCGAAACUUCCGUCGCUAUUCUAUUCCAGUUGCAAAGAUGAAGGUCUACACCUCCGACGAACUCGGCCAGCUCAAAGCCAUCGAAUUCACCCGAGGAACAAUCACCUCCGAUCCCGACACCCCAAAGCCGACAAUCAACAUCCUCAUCAAGCCCACCAAGGUUCCUAUACAGCGCUUAACGGCAUGUACCUACAAUGACGCGAUCGACACCCCAGUCAUCGGCCUCCCCGGCGGAAUCGUCAAAGUGGUCGACAAAGAAACCGGUGAAAUCCUACAAGAGUGGAAAGAUGCACGGGUACAAGACGAGACGGAUAAAUGUAUCGGCCUAGCCUACGCACACGGACACAUUAUCUCGUGCACAGCAUCCGGCUACUUCACCGCACGAUCCCUCACUUCCGACGCUGCUGAAGUCACCACCACACACACCCUCCCAGCCCCUCUCUCAUUCCUCCGAACUCACCCAACCGAAGCCGGAACAAUCAUCUUUGGCGGAAAAGACCGCGACGUCGAAAUCUGGGCCCGACAACAGGGCGAAAAGAAGAAGGACGACGACACGAAACCUUUCGCCGGGUUAAAACAAGUUUUUAAAGCCAAAAACGUCAAAAACGACGAACUAGACCUCACCGUCCCAAUCUGGCCCACCGACGCCGUCUUUCUUCCCACCUCCGACUCAGCACCAGAAGAAAAGCCCCAAAGCGGCAACCGCUACGCCCGUACCCCUCCCAACGGACCCACCUACAAAUUCGCCACCAUAACCCGUUUCCGCCACAUCCGCCUCUACUCCACCCCCCUCGCCCGCCGUCCCCUCUGGUCCACCCAACUCGGCCCUCAACCCCUCCACUCGCUCACCCUCCACCCCUCAAAACCCGAUGAUGAAGUCAUCUUCGCCGAUAACCAUUCCCGGAUAACCUCAUUCUCACUCUCCACUCGCCUUUCGACUGGCUCGUACCUCCGUCCCACGGGCGCCCCGAUGGGGUUGGAGUGUAAGGGCCGCGUGGUGGCGAGUGUUGGGUUGGAUAGGUAUUUGUGGGUUUGGGAUGCGCGGACGAGGGAGGUGUUGGGGAAGGUUUUCUUGAAGGUUAAGCCGACUGCGGUGUGGGUUGUUGAUGAUGAGGAUGUUGGGGAUGGGGUUAAGGUUGAGAGUGAGGAUGAGGAUGAGGAUGGGGAGGGGGAUGUUUGGGAGGGGUUGGAGGAGGUUAAGAGUGAGAGUGAGGGUGAGAAGGGGGAGGGUGAGGAGGGGAAGCGGGUGAAGAGGAGGAGGAGGGUGUAGAUGGUGGAAGGUGGAGGAUAGAGUUAGUUGAGCAUUGUGGCAAAUGGUGAAGCAUAUGAGAGACAGUAUGAGAAAUCCAUUUUUGAC